UGAGCGCGAGCGGCGGGCUCUCGGGUCUUUUUUAGCGCCAUCUGCUCGCGGCGCCGCCUCCUGCUCCUCCCGCCGCCGCUGCCGCCCUGAGUCACUGCCUGCGCAGCUCCGGCCGCCCGGCUCCGCAGCGCUCGCCGCCGAUACUUGCAGUUCUUACAACAUGGCGGAUAUUGACAACAAAGAACAGGCUGAGCUUGAUCAAGAUUUGGAUGAUGUUGAAGAAGUAGAAGAGGAAGAAACUGGUGAAGAAACAAAAAUCAAAGCGCGUCAGCUGACUGUUCAGAUGAUGCAAAAUCCUCAGAUUCUUGCAGCCCUUCAAGAAAGACUUGAUGGUCUGGUAGAAACACCAACAGGAUACAUUGAAAGCUUGCCUAGGGUAGUUAAAAGACGAGUGAAUGCUCUCAAAAACCUUCAAGUUAAAUGUGCACAGAUAGAAGCCAAGUUUUAUGAGGAAGUUCAUGAUCUUGAAAGAAAGUAUGCUGUUCUCUAUCAGCCUCUAUUUGAUAAGCGAUUUGAGAUCAUUAAUGCAAUUUAUGAACCUACGGAAGAAGAAUGUGAAUGGAAACCAGAUGAGGAAGAUGAAAUAUCGGAGGAGAUGAAAGACAAGGUCACAAUUGAAGAUGAGAAAAAAGAUGAAGAAAAAGAAGACCCCAAGGGAAUUCCUGAAUUUUGGUUAACUGUUUUUAAGAACGUUGACUUGCUCAGUGAUAUGGUUCAGGAACAUGAUGAACCUAUUCUGAAGCAUUUGAAAGAUAUUAAAGUGAAAUUCUCAGAUGCUGGCCAGCCGAUGAGUUUUGUCUUAGAAUUUCACUUUGAACCCAAUGAAUAUUUCACAAAUGAAGUAUUGACAAAGACAUAUCGGAUGAGAUCAGAACCAGAUGAUUCUGAUCCUUUUUCUUUUGAUGGACCAGAAAUUAUGGGUUGUACAGGGUGCCAGAUAGAUUGGAAAAAAGGAAAGAAUGUCACUUUGAAAACCAUUAAAAAGAAGCAGAAACACAAGGGACGCGGAACAGUUCGUACUGUGACCAAAACAGUUUCCAAUGAUUCUUUCUUUAAUUUCUUUGCUCCUCCUGAAGUUCCUGAGAGUGGAGAUCUGGAUGAUGAUGCUGAAGCUAUCCUUGCUGCAGACUUUGAAAUUGGUCACUUUUUACGUGAGCGUAUAAUUCCAAGAUCAGUGUUAUACUUUACUGGAGAAGCCAUUGAAGAUGAUGAUGAUGAUUAUGAUGAAGAAGGUGAAGAAGCAGAUGAGGAAGGGGAAGAAGAAGGAGAUGAGGAAAAUGAUCCAGACUAUGACUCAAAGAAGGAUCAAAACCCAGCAGAAUGCAAGCAGCAGUGAAGCAUGAUGUGUGUGGCCUUGAGGAUAACCUGCACUGUAAUAACCUAAAUACAACCAUUAUUUACUUACAGCCUUAUGUUUUUGUAUUUUCUUAGUAGACUCCGUAAUUUUUUUUAAGGAGAGGAACUGAUAUUUUAAAGAUCAGUUUGUUCUACUUAGCAUUUUGACUAUGAUUCCUCUGCCAAAUACAUUGAAGGCACAGAUUCUCUCAAGCAUGUUCAUCCAUUGCUACAUAAUUUGGUUCUUUCAGAGUAUUUUAAACCUGUAGCUGUUACUUAGCAGCUAUAAAAAUGAAGACUGUCUCUCCAGCCCCCAAAUAGAGCAUUUUUUUUUGAUUUACAAUUUUUUUCACCACAGGAACCAAAAUAUUUUAUUCAGCUGGAGUAGUUGAAUGGAUUUUAAGUUUGCUUGCAUUACCUGUGCCUUUCAUUACUUUGUUAUAGAAAUAUAGUGACUUUACUAAGACUAUUCAUCAUGGGGAUGGGGGAGGCGGGGCUUGGCCAGACAAGUGUGUGGUUAAGAAUUUCCAGUAACACCACUCUCAGUUACUUAGGGUUAUUCAUGGAUUUUUGUGUUGGAGAUAACAUUGUUAAUUGUAAAGAAGUCUAAUUUCAUAGUCUAGUUUUGGUUAUCAUAGUGAGACGAAUAAAGCCUAGUAUUUUCAGAAGUUAGUCUCACUCAUUAUUUUAACUGUACUUUCAAAUUUAACCUCCAUUAAUAAGCAUCUCUUCUUUGUGGUAGGGUCUACCUUCUGCUUCCCUGGAAAGGAUGAAUUUACAUCAUUUGACAAGCCUAUUCAAGUUUUUUUUGUUGUUGUUUGUUUACUUGUUUAUGUUUUUCCAGCUUAAAAUAAAAAUGUCAAAUAUAAUUUUAGUUCUCACAAGAUAAUGUCUUAAUUUUGUACUAAUUCAGGUAGAAGCAAGAGCUAGCUAAAACUAAACUUUGUUCCCAGUUUAUCAUACUGCUAAAAAAAAGGGUGCUGACUUGGGAAGAAGUACUACAUCUAAUAAGAAACUAAAAAUGAAAGACAAAAGCAUUUUUAAAUGUAGAUUUUUUUCUCAACGAUUAAAGCUAAAUUUUAUUUUCUUUGAUUAGAACUAGAGAGAUGGCCCCAAGCCUUUGAUUAAUUCCAAGUUUUAUUGCUUAAAGUAUGAGUGUGUCAUUUACCCAUGUUUCUGUUAUCUAUGUAUUAAAAUGGGUAGUACUGUUCACUUAACUACCUCACAGAUGUGUUAAACAUUAUUAGUUAAAAUUUUAUGAAAUGUUCUUCAUUCUUAUUAAAAGCUUAAAAUUUUGGAUCUGUUUGUGCCACAAGUAUGAUCUUUAGCAUAUUAUUCAUACCAGGGCUAAUCAAACUGGAAAACAAAUGUUCAGUGAGUACUUAAAAGGUGGUUCUGGCCAGGCAACACUUUUAGAUCUUUGUGUGUGGCUCCUUUUUCAAUAGAAAAGAAUGCGUGAGUGAGUGAACGCCCAGUGAUUGUUUUCAGGUAUUGUAGUUAUGGCCAUAUUGUGGUAAAUCCUAUGAAGACCAUGGAACUAAAGUAGAAAUAAGUUAAAUUUUAGAAAUGAAAAAUUGCCAUUAAAUUUUAGACUGUAGGGCCACGUUUAAAAUACCUCAGGCUAAUUACUGUUAAUUUUUUGGUGGUGAAUUUUAUUAAUAUGGGCUAACUGGAUUAUAAUUGGAAAGUUUAGAGUUCCUGCCCUUAACAAAAUUAUACUGGGGUCAUUUUUAGACAUUUGGGUUGCAUUUUGGCACAUUUAAUUUUGAAGUAUGAAUGUGUUUUGCUGUUUGCAUGGUACUAUCCAUUCUUCUGAAAUUUUUAACUACUGGAAAUCCUUAACCAAUUAAAAGUCUGUAGGGGAUAAGACACCAUGAACACACCUCAUGUUUUUCCUCUUUAUUUUCAAAAUAACUUUGGUUGCUUUGGUUCCGAUAUCUUUGCUGACUGGGUGGGGUGGCGGGGGGUUACUCAUCACUCAUAUAAUGCAACUUUUUUUCUGAACUUUAAACUGUUUGACUAAAGAUAGAAUCCCAUUUUUGUGAACUUAAAAGAAUUAGCAGAAACCACUACCCUUUCCACCCCCCCUUCUUUUAGGAAGUAGCUGUUGCCAAAGUGAAGGUAGAUAGGAUUUCAUUUUGUUAUCUAAAGGGUUUGUGGUUUGCAGAGGAUUUGUUUUCUUAAUAAAGGUGUUCAAGAGUAUCAGUGUUUAUGCCAUUUCUCAUUCAUAAAUUUUUUUUUCCAUUCUAGACUUUUGAAAUGCUGUAAUUUGAAAUCCUUAAUAAAAUUUGCAUUUAAUUUUAUAAAAUGUACUAGUGACAUUCUGGGUGUUUUUUAAAAAAAAAUCUAAAAUUUUUUUUUAUAACUACAGAGUAGAGAUGCUUAGAGUAGGAUGUUCCAUGCAUAGGCCACAAUGGCCUGUAAAUUAGUAAAGUGAUACAACUUUUAAGUAGAAAAUUAGAAGAUACUCCAGUUUUUACAGGUUCUACUUGAGUAAAUUACAGACAUUUUUUAGAUUUUGUUUAUUUCUCAGGUUUGUUCCAGCCUGGGCACUGGCUCAAGUUCCCUAGUUUAUUUUCUCUUUAGAAAUGGUAAAAAUUCAUAUGAAAUAAUGCUUUGGAAAAAAUUUAAUCUAUCUUUUAAUAACCACAUAAGUAGUAUAAGUUAACAAAGAACAGUUCUAAAAAUCAAUUGGUCUUUUAGUUGAUAUGGAUGUUGAAAAUUAUAUCUACUUUCUCAAUUACUUUAUCUGGUCCACUGAAAUAGUAUUGGUAUUUAUAUCACAUGAAAGUUGUCUGGAAUUGGCUUAUAGAAAUGGUACUUUAAAAAAUGGGAUUCUACCUCCAUUUUAAGUUCACAGAAUAACCUAGAAGGAAACUAGAGCUUUAAUAAAAAUAUUUUCAUUAUUCUGUAAAUAGUUAAAUGAUUUUAAAUGGUUAUGAUAAGGCCCCGUGAUAAGAAUUAACUGUAUAUUACUGCUGCUUGGAAGAUAUUUGUGGCUUUGAUUCCAUUUCAUUGAGUUCAUUCCCAUUACUAAAAAUAAAGAUAACACUUUGUAUUUUUGUUUGUGAAAAUCUUAAUCGUACCAUGCAGAAUAUUAAACUGUUUAAUCUUCA